AUGACAUUCGUUCCAUCAGUAUCUACGUCAAUCGAUAAUCUUAUUCAACGAGCCAAUGAAGUAAAAGUUUGUCAAGAUCAUUUCAAACUGAUAACAACUAGCUUAACUAAUAUUCGACGUACGUUCAAUGACAUUUGUAGAACAUUAGAUGAAAAUUGUUCACAAGAAGAUCUUGCACAAUUACUAAAUGCUAUCAAUGAGGUUGUUAGUAGUUGUAGUAAAAAUGAAAAUUAUCUUAAUGGAAUGACUUAUAAAGAUCUCGAAUCAGUACUGCUUCGUCUUCAAUUUCGAUUAGCUCAAUAUGAAGUUAAUCUAACAGAUGACAAUGAAAUGAAGGUUCAAAUACUUAGCAACGCAUGCCAGGAACAACAACUUCUUGUUCAGAAAUCUUUUGACAAGACAAUGAAGCAAAGAUUAGAAAUUAUUGAGGAAAAUACAAAAAAAACCAUCAUAGAACAACUUAAUCUUUUACGUGAAAAAUAUCGCAAAACGAUUGAAUCCUAUCUUCGCGGUUGUAUUGAACUACAUAAAAAUGAAUCUAUUCCUGGUCUUACUGGUGAUAUUGUUGCCAAAGUUGCCAAUAGUAUCUAUCAAAUCUCUUCCAAAGAUCGAAUGGAAUUAGAACAAAAAUGGCGAUUAUCUAAACUUCUUCUUACACGUACAUUCAUUCAACUCAAACCUGAUAAAUCUACAUCAUUCGAAAGAAAUGAAUCACGACGAAAAGAAUCAUCUAAAGGCAUAUGGAAACAAUUAAUUUCAGCUCCCUACAUGAUGUCGAUGGCUGAAGAAGACAAUAUCACUCAGGAAAAUAUUAUUCGAACUAAACGUUGGAUUAUUAUUUUGGGUGAUCCAGGAAGUGGAAAAACAAGUUUUGUUCGAUGGCUUGUUCAUCAUCUAGCUCAAAUAUUUCUUCUCAAUGGACAAAAUUCAACUGAUUAUGGUCCUCUUCGUAUACCAAUUCUAAUUCGUAUUGGUGAAUUUGCCGAAAUACUGAAAGAACAACCAUCACUUACUUUAUUUGAUUAUAUUGGAAAACAUAAAUGGAUGAAUAAGUUAAUUGUUGAUGAUUCAUUGAUCUCUUCUAAUGAUAUAUCAUGUGCUCUUCAAGAUUAUAUUCAACAAGGUCAAGCUCUUAUUAUAUUAGAUGGUCUUAAUGAAAUUCAUACUUCAGAUCAAUGCUCAAAAAUUAUCAAUCUUAUUGAAAACUUUGUUGAUACUUAUAUUCAGACACCUACAAAUGUUUCUGCCUUUGAUAAUGUUUGUUUAAGCAAGUUAUUAGAUGAUCCAUCUCGAUUAGGAGGUAAUCAAUUGAUAGUCACAAGUCGCAUAGGUAGUUAUCAUGCUGCUCCACUAGCGGGACAAUUUGCUCAUUAUACAAUUCGACCCAUGGACAAGAAACAUAUAAAAGAUUUUAUUAAUUAUUGGUUUUUUCGUGUACAUCAAUGGAUAAUUGAUAAUUUGGGUCUUUCAGUAGUUAAUCAAGCAGAGAAUCAUAGUCAAGCACUGCAAAAAGAAUUAGAAACAACGAAAAAUAUAAAUCUUCUUGAAAUGGCUUCGAAUUCUUGUUUACUAUCAUCUAUUUGCAUUAUAUAUUUUAGUCAAGUCGAUGGUUCACUUUUACCUAUUCAACGUGUUCUUCAAUAUGAGUCAAUUGUUAAAUCAAUCUUAAAUGUAUGUCAUAGUAAAAUAUCAACUAUCGAUCAAUCACAAAUGAUUCAAAUUUUGACUGAUAUUGCUUAUUGUAUCUAUAAAAAUCCAACAUCGAAUUUUAUUAACAAUGAACAAAUAAAAGAAAUUUGUAUUCAAAAGAUCAAAACUUCUACAAGUAAAACAUUAGUAACGACAGAUGAUAUCAAUGGUUUUGAGAGACAAGUAUCUGAAAUGGCACAAAUCAUUCGUGAUGAUAUUGGUAUUUUAGUUUGGCGAGAUGAAUCAUUCUAUGGUUUUCUUCAUCAAGCAUUUCAAGAAUAUUUUACUUGCUUGAAACUCAUCGAAACAGAUACAUCAAUAAAAAAGAAGAGAUUCAUUAUUGAUGGAUUCGAUCGAGACAAUCAAAUUCAACUUAUUGCUCAAUUGUUGUCUCGUCAUGCAACUGAUCUACGAUUUCAUGUAACAAUUUCACUUGCUUUAGGCAAAAUUAGUGCUUCUUGGUGCCAAAAUGAUUUUGACGAUCUCUGCUAUGAAUUUAUGCAAGCUCAAGACAAAUAUGAUUGUCUAUUACCAUUUGGUGCUUAUAUAUUGAUUACUUCUGUUGAUGAUUUUGUUAAUUAUCCUUCGAAUGAUAUUUUAUUCGAUGCUUUAGAUCAUUUAAUAGUUGCAGCUGGUCAACAUAAAUGGUCAAUUGUUUGUCCAUUUUUACUCGAUCAAAUUACAAACGCAUUGAAAAAAUUUCGAAAUGAUACUAUUUCAUUAUGGAUUAAAAAAUUUUUAUCUGAAUCUUCUCAACAUCAUAUUCAAACUAUAACAGCUUUUUGUCAUCUUAUCGAAGGAAAACCUCAUGAAUUUGAAAAUAUUCAAUGGUUAGAUCAAUCUUCUUGUUCAAUACUUCAAUCUUUAUCAAUACUUGAUAAUGAAAAUAAUGGAUUUGCUAUUGAUCGACUGUUAGUUAAAAUUGCUUUUUCAAAUCAUCAAUUAUUACCUUCAAAUUCAACUACUUUCAAAGAAUUCUUACUUGAUAAACAUAUUGAAAUGAAUUCCAUACCUGUAAUCCUCUUACCAUUAAUCAUUGCUUUAUAUGGUGGUUUAACACGAGAUGAUCAAAUAGUUGUCUUCAAUCCUUCUCAUAUUCAUCGAGAGUCAACUGCAUUAACACCAAUGUUAAUAAAUUUCUUUUCUGAAAAUAAUCAUAAUAAACAAGAUCAAAGUAUAAAAAAAUUAAAACAAGAAUGUAUAAAAUCAUUUGUUACACGAAUGGAAAAUCAUGAUGAAUCAUCAGAAGCAAUUGAUUUAUGUAUUGCAACUAUUUGCUUUUAUAACAUUGAAUAUAUACAAGAUAAUUUGAAUAUUAUCUCCAAAUCUUUUUUACGUAUGUGUACAAAUAGAUUAAAAUAUAUUUCAAUGAUUUUACGUCAAUUCUAUUUUGUUACUGAUGAAAAAGAUCAAUCGAUAGAAAAUGAAACAACAAAAUUUAUUUCAAUUUGUAUCAAUAAAUUUCAAUAUUCUGAAUCAGCGAAAAUUCAUUUUUUGAAUUUAUUAAAUUCAUUAAGAAGUAGUGUAGCUCGUUUACGAUCUUCUUCAAAAUCAAUUUUUUUCGAAGAAACAUCAAAUCCUUAUAGACGAGUAACAUUACAUCUGCCUAAUUCUCUUCGAAAAGAAGGUCAGUUUCUCAAUUGUCUAUUAACGACAGAUGUAAAAUUUUAUUCUGAUCAAAAAUCUUGUUCAUUAAUUCAUCAUUUUACUAAACUUUUCUGGCCAUUAGAACACAAUGAUGAGCUCGCAACACAAUAUAGAAUGGCAGUUGCUAUGGAAAAAAUACCAGAAUAUUUACUCUUUCACAAUGAUGAAGAUAUUUUAAUUCCAUUAACAUUUGUUCCUUCACAUUUACGAAAUCUUUUUGUUCGAUUAUUGAAAGAAAAAUUUAUUACAAUCAAUCCAAAAGAUGACAUAGCUAAUAUAGAAGAACAUAUUUAUUUUAGUCAUAUUCUAACUGAAUGUUUAAUAUUUUUGUCAAAUGCAUCGUGCAAGAGAUUGUCAAUUUUAGCAGCCUCAAUCACUCUACUACCUUGGCUUCGAAUGUAUCAAUUAGAAAAUUUUGGCAGUAGUCUUUUAUGGGCAUUAGCUUUAAGAUAUUCUGAUACUUUGGAUAAUUUUGUGAAAAAAAGGAAACGUUCCAUGAAUUAUGAAACUGGUCAAUAUACGGAUAUAGAUAGAGAUCUUUUUCAAGGAUCUGAUCUAACAGAAGAAGAACGUAAAACAAUAAUUCAAGAUAAUAUUGAACAAGAAUAUGAAAGACUUCAAAAAGCUUCAAUUGAAAAAGAUCAAAGAAAUAUAAAACUUUAUUCUGCAUCAAUCACUUUAGCACAUAUUUGUUGUUGGACUGAAAAUGAAAGAAAAUUAUUUUUAUUAGAACAAAGUAUAAAUGGAGCUAUGUCAAUUGAGAACAAACUUACUCGUCUUGAUGCAUUAUGUAUAAUUGCUUUUUAUUCACAUUCCGAUUAUGAUCAAAUUAAAGUAAAUAAAGAUAGAUCAUUAAAAAUGGAAAUUGAACAUCAAUUCAAUGAAAUUUAUCCAAAUUUACCUCUUUUAUUACAUACAGUUAUUCUUAUUCGAUGUUUACCUCUAAUUCAAAAUUUACAAAUGAUUGAUAAUUGUCUUCGAAAUCUCAUUAAUAAAUUUGACGAUACAGAUCAACGUGAUCAACAAGUAGUCAUUGAAGCUUUAUUACCAUACAUACAAUUAAAUUGUAUUUUUUCAUCGAUUACAAAUCGUUCUUCGUAUAACUUACAAGAUCAAAACAGAACAGUACAUAAUAAAUCUUCUGUUUUAAAAACAUAUUUUAAUAUUAGUGCACAUGGAAAUUUAUUAUUUUCAUUAUCUAUUUCGAAUUUAUAUCUUAUAGAAUUAGCCAAUGAUUUUCAUGCAAUUAUUAAAACCGAUAAUCGUCAAUUUAGUAUUGAUGAAUCAAUUGAAACAAAAUUAUUUCAAUUUGAAAAUAAUAUUCUAACAGAAAUACAAGCAAUAACAAUAACAAAUAUUAUUUCUUUCGUUUUAUUAACAGAUCGAUCUAAACAAUUCGAAAAACUUCGAAUUAUUUUAAAUAAUGCUCUUCAUCGUAUGAAAUGGGUUGAAUUAAAAGCAUGUCGUUUAUUAGAAUCUUGGUUGAAAUGGAAAGAUUCAAAUGAAUUCUCUUGUUUUGCUUAUCAUGCUGCACUUCUUCUAAUUAAUUCUGAUAUAUGGUCUAUUGAAGCUACAACAAUUCUAUGUGAUCUUUUAUGCAGUGAUAAUGAUCGUUUUCGUCACCGAGCUGAAAUUAUAUGUCGACCAUCAAGUCAACAUGAUAUUCUAACUAGUUCAAAAAUGAGUAUCAAUGUUAUAUUAAUUUUACUUAAGAAAAGAAUUCAUUAUCAAUUAACUUCAGCAUCUGCCAAGCUCAAAUUAACUGGAUUACUCGGACAUAUAAAUUUAGAUGUUCAAUCUCAUAUAGAAGUAUUACUUUGGCUAGAAAGAUAUAGAAUACAUGCAUUGGUUAAUAAGCAGUAUUCCUACAAUAAUUUAAGAUCAUCGAAAAAUUCUUAUGUAACUUCAUUUUUUUCAACUGAUAUAGCAAUCGAUGCUUGUCCCUAUGCUAAUUCAUUUCGACUAUCUGGUGAUUUGAUAUUAUAUAUGUGUGAUAUGAUCACAUCGAAUUUCUAUUCAUUUCGAGAGAUCGAUGGAGAUACAACAUCAAAUGCAGUUUUAGAAAGUCAUACUCGAUUUGUUGUUUCAGUACUAUUAAAUUUAUACAAACUACUGAAUAAUACUGAGGAAACACGACAACUAGCAAUUAGUGCUCUAAUGAACUUAUUCGAAAUAUCCUACGAUAAUGAAAUUCGUCAAGCAGUAGCAUGUGCUCUUGGCUAUGUAUGUAAUGAAAAAACGUAUAAAGUUUUAUAUGAAAAAAUUAUAUUGAUAUUGAACAGUAUAUUUGAUGAGAGUUCUAAUUAUUCUGACCAUGUACUGAAUACACUAAUUUCAAGUUAUUCCUAUUGUAUAUCUAUAAAAAAUGUUGUAUUUGAUCAAGAUGAUUUGGAUUUAUUUUCUAUUUUAUUACGGCAUGAAUCAAAGAAAAUUUCAAAAGCUGCUCGUACAGGAUUUGGUCGUGUUCUUCAAGAUAUGUCAUUUCUACUUGGCAUGCUUAGUUAUGAUUAUAUACAAUGCUAUCAUGCAUUAAUCGAAUCAACAGCAUCCUGGUAUCUUUACGAUGUUCAAAAAAAUAGUGAAAAUACUGUUGCAAAGUUGAUUGAAGAACAUCCAACUCUUUUAUCAAUUUUUAUAGUCGAAUUAUACAAUCAAAUUCGCAAUUAUACUGCUAAAAUAUUACCGAUAGUAGAUACAAAUUUUGAAUUAGCUUUUGGAUAUCCUCAACAUGUAAAUAUCGCUAGUUUAAUUGCUGUACGUAUGCCGACAGCAUUUUGUGCUUUUAUCAAAGAUUGGAGCGAUGCAAAUAAUCUAAAACAUGCAUUAUUUUACACGAGUAAACAACAUAAUUUUCCACAACGUGCUGCUUGUUUAACAAUUCUAUCUGUGUUGGGGGAAUUAACAGUCGACCUAUGUGAAAUGUUCAUUGAAACUGUAUAUGAUGAUCCAAAUGUUCAAAACAAUGGUUUUAAAUGUAUAACACAUAUUCAUACAAUUAAAGAUGAAAACGCUGUUUUAAAUCGUUUGUUAUCUUAUUUGAAAUCAAACUCAAUGAAAGUUCGAUAUAUGACAGCUAAAAUAUUUCUUCAUCUUUCUCAAUUAUCUCUUAUUCCAUCUCAACAACUUCAAACUAUAUUAAAUGAUCUUAUAUUAGAUUCUACUUCAAAUGAAGAUCUAUGGUUAAUUAAAGAACAAAAUAGCACUUGGAUAGAAUGUGAAUAUUACUAUGCGGGUCCAUUGAAAGAUGUUAUCUAUUCACUUCUGAUUCAACAUGUAACUGGACUUACAAGUGAUAAUGUUCGAAGGAAUGAGUUCAAUAAUAUUGAUUUCGAUUUCAUUAAAUCUGAACAAGCAUCCCGUUUCGCUUCAUAUAUCUAUGAAGAAAAAACUGAAAGCACCACAGGAUAA